UUUUUCCUCCUCGCGCGUACGUUGACGAACGAGCUUGUUCAACGUUAAAAUUGAUUAAAAUCCAUUCGAUUAUUUGUUUAAUCUCACGAAUAAAUGCUCUAGCGACGUCGUCAGAGUUUCGGGACACAGUGACCUCUCUAAACGUUCUUCUGAUACAUCGGUAAAUGUCUUUUCAAUUUCCACAUGGGCAUCAGGCUUUUAUUUACAACUGAUAACUUGACAGUCGAUUUGAAAUUAAUGAAGACCUCUUGAAAUAUGGAAGAGAAACCGUGCAAAGAGCAGCUGUCGGAAAAUACAGAUAUCAACCAAGAUGAGUUGAUUCUACAACAACAAAGGCGAAUCGAGAUGGAGAUCUCCGAGUCGAUCGCGUUGGUCGGCGAGAAGGAGUCGUUAAGGAGCUUAGAACGGGAAUACUCCGAGGACGAGGUGUACCUUUCGAAGGCCAAGGCAUUGGGUCAAAAGUAUUCGAACAUCAGGAGAACCAGGCCGGACGGGAAUUGCUUCUUCCGGGCCUUUAGUUACGCUUACCUCGAGAAAUUAAUUGGAAACAAAGACGAGUACGAGAAGUUCCGAGAGCUCGCGUUGAAGAGUAAAGACAGUCUGGUAGCGCUAGGUUUUCCCCAAUUCACGGUCGAAGAUUUCCACGACACGUUCAUGGAUGUGAUCGACAAAGUGGGUGGAGACACAGAGUCAAGUUAUAUCGAAUUGCAUAAACUGUUCAACGAGCAAGGCUGCUCCGAUUACGUUGUUGUAUAUCUUAGAUUAAUUACUUCUGGUCAAUUACGGCGCGAGGCUGAUUUUUAUCAACAUUUCAUCGAGGGCGAGCGUACCGUCGCCGAAUUUUGCCGUCAAGAAGUAGAACCAAUGUACAAAGAGUCUGAUCACAUUCACAUAAUAGCAAUGAGCACGGCUUUGGGUACCGGCGUUCGUGUUCGUUACAUGGAUCGGGGCGCGGGUACCGAAGUGACCGCACACGACUUCCCCGAAGGUGCCACGCCAGCCGUUCAUUUACUAUAUCGUCCUGGACAUUACGACAUUUUGUAUCCUUGAUAAAUUACACCUAGUUUCCUUUUGAAAAACAAAAUACAUACACACAAACACAUACACACAAUCACACACUCUCGCCCGACACAAGGAUUGAUUAUUUAGCAAAUUGUAUUUUGUAUAUGUAAUCAAAAUUCAAGGAAAUUCUGGUUUGGUUCAAUAUCACGUUGUAAGUAACUAAUUUAAAGGCGUUAUAGAAUAUUCAAUAAAAUUAAAUUUUAUGUAAAA